AUGAGUAAGAAAUUUGUGAAUUCUCCAAAUGAUGUGGUUGACGACACUCUUUAUGGAUUAGUGCUUACAAAUUGCGGCUUGAAGUUUCACCCGGAAAUAAAUCGGGUGAUUCUUAGAAGCGAUAUUGAGGAAUAUUCAAAAUCAAAAGUAGCUCUGAUCGCAGGCGGCGGUUCUGGGCAUGAGCCUUAUGCUGCCGGCUAUGUUGGCGAAGGAAUGCUGACGGCUGCGGUCGCCGGCAACCUCUUUGCAUCGCCUCCAUCGCAUUACGUGCUUUCGGCGCUAAAUGCCACCAAAUCGAGUUCGGGAGCUAUAUUAAUCGUGAUCAAUUAUACUGGAGAUCGUCUUCAUUUCGGUCUUGCUGCAGAGAGAUUUUCAGGAAAUGUAAAAGUGUUAACAAUUGGCGAUGAUGUUGCUAUUGAAAAUCCGAGCAAUCGAGUAGGUCGGCGUGGAUUGGCUGGCGCCGUUUUAGCAAUUAAGAUAGCAGGUGCAAUGGCUGAACAAGGAAAAUCUCAAGAUGAAAUCUACAAUCUAACGAAAUUUGUGGCCGACAAUGUCGCAACUCUUGGAGUUUCUCUUUACCCAUGCAAUCUACCCGGAAAAAGAAGAGAGUCUCAUUUGAAAGAAGAUCAGAUUGAGAUCGGAAUGGGAAUUCAUGGAGAACCGGGCAAAGAGAAAGCACAAUACACAAAUGCUGCGAAAAUUGUGAACGAUGUCUUGGAAACGUUGAAAAGAAAAUGCGGUCUUCAAGUUGGUGAUCAACUGAUCGUUAUGAUCAAUGAGCUCGGAAGUGUGUGUCCGAUCGAGAUGAGCAUAGUAUCUGGAGAAGUCGUCUUAUGGUUCAAAACACAAAACAUGGUGAUUAAACGACUUUACCGCGGCCCAUAUAUGACAUCGAUCGAUGCACAUGGAAUAAGCAUUACUGUUUUGCGUUCGAACGAUGAACUUUUGACCUAUUUAGAUUAUCCUACAAAAGCUUCUGGCUGGAUUCCAGCUAUUAACAUAAAUCAAUUUCAAUCAGCGAGUAAACCAAAAGCUUCUUCAAAUAACAUUAAUAUUGCUGAGCUCAGACCAGUUGGAGGAAUAGGAGAUUCCGAUCUAAUUUCCAAAAUACUCUCCAAUUUGGGUAAAGCGAUGGUCGAUUCCGAAGAGAAACUAAACAAUCUAGAUGGGGCAGCCGGAGACGGCGAUUGUGGAAGUACAUUUGUUACUGCAUCGAAGAGUCUUGAGAAGGCCAGAAGCGUUUUGAACAUUUCACAUCCUCAGACACUUCUUCAACAAAUUGCACUUAUUUUUGAGCAAGCCGUCGGUGGAACAUGUGGAGCACUUUACGCGUUAAUGCUCAGUUCGGCUGCGUCAUGUUUUGAAAAGGAAGUCAAAUUUGAAAAUGUAGCAGAAGCUUUUAAAAAGGCUACGUAUGCGGUUCAGAAAUAUGGAGGAGCAAAACCAGGAGAUCGGACAAUGGUUGAUUCGUUGGACGCUGCUGUUAAAGCUCUCAGCUCGUAUACCAGUUCGAAAUGCCAAUGGUCCAAAGUUGCUCAAGUAGUCGAAGAUGCCGCUGAGAAGACUAUUCAUCAAACAGCCACCGUCGGUCGUGCUAGCUAUACAUCGAAGGACGCGCAGACACUUCCAGACGCUGGUGCGACGGCAAUUGCCAUUUGGAUUCGCGUAAUUGCUGACACAAUCGAAUCGCAUUCAAAUCUAUAG